UAUAACAUGGGAUUCCAGCAACCACAAAAAGACUGUGUUUCCAGCAAUAACCAGGAUGGAAGAUUAAGAAAAAGUACUGCAGACGCAGUGGCAACAGUACAGCAGAGAGAGUGGUUACAGCCCUCUGAAAGUGUGCCCACUAAGCUUCAAAGCACAGACAGAAGGCAAAGCAGCAUCGUGUUUUCUACGAAAGAUCAAGUGAAAGGUGACGAAAUUAAUUCCAUCAUGCUCCAUAAACGCAGGAGGAGGUUUAUAAUUAAAAAGAGCCCAAUUCUGAUUUCCAUGAACAGCUCCAUUCUCAACCUGCCCACGCUUAAAUCUGAGGAUAGAAACAACAGCAAGUGGAAAAGUCUCUAUCAGAUCCAAGGAGAAAGGAAACGGAUUAUGAGAGAAACUUGUUCAAAAUACAAGAGUAAUAAUAGGAGAAUAAUCACUCCGUAUCACGUUUCUAGAAUAUUCGUAGAAGACAAAUACAGAGUUUUGUACUGUGAGGUCCCAAAAGCUGGCUGCUCCAACUGGAAACGGGUGCUCAUGGUGCUUAACGGCCUGGCUUCCUCCACAAAAGACAUACAGCACAACACGGUGCACUACGGAAACUACUUGAAAAGACUGGAUGGGUUUGACCACAAAGGGAUCUAUCACAGGCUCAACACUUACACAAAGAUGCUGUUCAUCCGUGAGCCUUUUGAAAAGCUGGUGUCUGCGUUUCGGGACAAGUUUGAACACCCAAACAACUACUACCACCCAGUUUUUGGGAAGGCCAUCAUUUCCAGGUACCGUGUCAAUGCAACCAAAGAAGCACUAAGGACAGGCUCUGGAGUCCAAUUUAAAGAGUUCAUUCAGUAUCUCUUGGAUGUGCACAGGCCAGUGGGUAUGGACAUCCACUGGGAUCACGUCAACAGGCUUUGCAGCCCAUGUUUAAUAGACUACGACUUCGUUGGGAAAUUUGAAAGUAUGGAAGAAGAUGCAAACUUUUUCUUGCACUUAAUUGGUGCUCCACAAAAUUUAACUUUCCCCAAGUUUAACAACGAAGAAAGAACUACCACUAAAAUUACACAGCAGUAUUUUGCACAGCUUUCUCCUUCUCAACGACAACAAAGCUACGACUUUUACUACAUGGAUUACUUGAUGUUUAAUUACUCAAAACCUUUUGAGGAUUUGUAUUGA